AUGCAUUUUGUGGGGCUGAUGCGACAAUCUCACAAUCAACAGGUUCCGACCUAUCGUGAUGCAUCACUGCCUGUGCCACGGCUCAACAUUAAACCUCCAAAACCCAGCGAUCCUCAGUGUGUAAAGUGUUCCAAAAUGCUAACGAAAUCUGCACAGUUAAGUGAUACAAGAAAUCAGAUGGAGUUGAGUUCGAAUGGAGGACAACAUACUGCUGCUUCCUUUCCGGCAACACUGGAGAAUCAGAUGCGAUGCAGUAAUGGUUCACAGGGCAAGGAAAAUCAGCAGAAGCACGAGCGUACAAUGCUGCAGGCGGAUAGAAAGGAGCAGAGACGCAUUGCGCGUCGUUCGCGACUUUAUUAUGAUGAUUUCGUCACGCUGGACACGAGCAUUAUGCUGAAGGUAUACGUCGGUGCACUGUCGCUGCACUAUGAGGCGCUUAGUGUGGAAGCAUCGAAGCAAACCACGGCAGAGGAGAUCGUUUCCUGUAUCGUCGAGCGGCUAGGGCUAACGGGCAACAACUAUGAGCUGGCGGAAGUGGCCGGCGAGUGCAAGGAGAGGCGACUUUCCGCGCACGAAAAACCCGUCUCCGUUAUGCUGCUGUGGCCGAUGCACUCGGAGAAAGAUUUUCAUAGAUUCUAUCUACGUGAAAUACAAAGCGACGUUCCUUGGCUAGAUAGUUAUGGACUCGAUCCACAGAUACUUAGAGACUUUAUACCGUUUUUGUUGCAAAAAGAAAAUAGAGAAUAUCCUGACCUGUGCCAACUACCAGAUCUUAACGAGGCCACACUACUCGAAAACCUUCGCCAGCGGUUUGAGGCCGGCCACAUCUAUACGUACGUCGGCAGCAUCCUGAUCGCAGUCAACCCGUUCAAGUUUCAUCCCAUCUACAAUCCAAAGUAUGUGCGGCUUUACCAGAACCAGCGGAUCGGACCGAUCCUGCCGCCGCACAUCUUCGCCAUCGCGGACAACGCUUACUAUAACAUGCUGAAGGAGAAACGCAACCAGUGUAUCGUUAUUAGCGGCGAGAGUGGUUCCGGCAAAACCGAAAGCACCAACUUUCUGCUCCACCAUUUAACGGCCCUCUCGCAGAAGGGUGCCCACGGUUCUGGCGUCGAGCAAACCAUCCUCAGUGCCGGACCCGUUCUGGAAGCGUUCGGCAAUGCAAAAACGGCCCACAACAACAACAGCAGUCGGUUUGGGAAGUUCAUCCAGGUGAACUAUCGCGAGAAUGGCAUGGUACAGGGUGCCGUUGUCCAGAAGUACCUGCUCGAAAAGAGUCGCAUCGUGUCGCAGGGCCACUACGAGCGCAACUACCACGUGUUCUACUAUCUGCUGUCCGGUGCUACCGAUGCCGAACGGGAUGCGCUACAUCUGUUGCCGGCCGAGAAGUACCACUAUCUUAACGCAAAGAAUCUCACGCUGGAAAACUGUGACGAGAAGUACGAGUUUUCGCGCCUCAAGCAGAGCAUGGAGAUGGUGGGCUUUUCGGCUGAAAAGCAACGCCGACUGUUUAACGUGCUGUCGGCGGUGCUGCUGCUCGGCAAUGUGGAGUUUUUCCCGAAAAAGUCCACCUACCACCAUGACGAAAGUGUUCAGGUCCGGAAUCCGGACGUGGUGGGGUUAAUAUCGGAGCUGCUGCGCGUCAAGCAGGAAACGCUGAUGUCGGCCCUUACGUCGAAGCGUGUAAAGGCCAGCGGUGAAACGCUGAUCAUGCAGUACAAGCUGCCGGAAGCGAUAGCGGCCCGGGACGCGCUAGCCAAGUGCCUUUACGGGGCGCUGUUCGACUGGAUCGUGCUGCAGGUGAACCAUGCGCUGCUGAACAAGGACCAGGUCUUGCAUACUGGCCACUCGAUCGGUGUGCUGGACAUAUUUGGUUUCGAAGAUUUUGGACCGCAGAAUAGCUUCGAGCAGCUGUGCAUUAACUACGCGAACGAGCAUUUACAGUAUUACUUCAAUCUGCACGUGUUCAAGUACGAACAGAAAGAAUACAAACGCGAGGGAAUUAAAUGGACUGAUAUAGAAUUUCUAGACAAUUACGGAUGCUUGCAGCUGUUUGAAUCGAAACCAUCCGGUUUGCUGUGUAUACUGGACGAUCUGUGCAAUUUUCCCGGUGCCACAAACGAAACGUUGCUGCAAAAGUUCAACAGUGUUCACAAGGAUAAUGCAUUUUACGAAAAGCCACAGCGCAAAGAGAACGCAUUUAUCAUUAAGCAUUACGCGGGCAAGGUGAAAUAUCAGGUUGCCGAAAUGCGUGAAAAGAAUCUCGAUCUAAUGCGGCAGGACAUUGUGAGCGUGCUGAAAAACUCGAGCAUGGCGUUCGUGCGCGAGCUGGUCGGAGCGGACCCGGUGGCCGUGUUUAGGUGGGCGAUAUUGCGUGCCUUUUUUCGCGGCUAUUUUGCAUUCCGGUCCGCUGGCAUUAAGCAUCGGAAGGAACGGGCUGACAUGUCGUUCAACAAGCUGGCGACAAAGACGCGAUACCGUGCACCGAACGAUAGUAUCGUAAGCCAUCUCGUGACGGUCUCAUCGGUGAACCUAACAAUCAAUCGAAUUGCCAAACGCAUCAGCAAUGCCAUGAGCGAUAUCACAUCGGGCCAUAAUAGCAACAACCAGUCACCCGGUAGCAAUCUGGCCUACCAUCGACAGUCUCUUGGGAAUGCUGGUGGUUAUGGUGGUGGGACCGGUUCAUCGUCACCCGGUGGAACGCCUGGAGGAGGAACUCCGCGCCGAUCCUGGUCUAGUUUCGCGGCGUUUAACAACAAAAAUUUCCCCGAUGGCAAGCUGAAUUAUGAAUGCCAUCAGCAGCAGGAUCAUGCCGCUUCCCAGUACCAAUCGAAGCAUCAGCAAUCGGGAUCAUUGUCCUCGUCGCUGUCGUCGGUUUACGGCAGUGGGGGAGGCAAAUCUUCGACCAAUGCGAAUGCAUCCGCCGGCGGCGCACCGAUUGGAACAGGAGCAGGAAAUGGCAAAGGAUACGGGUUUGGGUCGGCAGCGGCACGGAACCGGUUUGAACGUUCCGGCCAGGACGUAAUGGCUCGUGCGUCGCAGAUCGUAAUGAAAAACAAAUCGUUUCGUCCUCGGGAGCGGCCUAAGAAGGGGCUAAAAAAUCUUCAGUCUGUAAAGACGCUCUCGGCCGGCCAAAAUCUGUCCAAUCAAACCUCGGCCAUCAAAACGCGCAAACAACCACUUACCGUGACAGCCCAGUUUCAAAACUCACUGAUCGCACUGAUGGAAACGCUCAAUCAGGCGAAUCCAUUCUUCAUUCGAUGCAUCAAAUCGAAUCCGAACAAAAUACCAAACCAGUUUGACGAUGCAACUGUUACGAGACAGCUCCGCUAUACGGGCAUGCUUGAAACGGUCCGAAUACGACGCGCCGGCUACAACGUACGUCUAACGUACGAAGAAUUCAUUCAGCUGUAUCGCAUCCUGCUUCCGAAAGGGCUGGUCAGCUCGCAGAAGGAUGUGCGUGACUUUAUGAGCACGAUGGAUCUGAACAAGCAGCACUAUCAGCUCGGCCUGACCAAAAUCUACAUGCGCGAGUCGCAAAAGAUGCGGCUCGACAUUUCCCUGCACACCAAGAUCAUCGACAGCAUCAUCUGCAUUCAGCGCUGGUUCCGUGCGAUACUGCAGCGCAAAAAGUAUUGCCAGUACCGUACGGCCGCCUGUACCAUUCAGUCGUACUGGCGCGAUUAUUUGCGCGAAAAGCAGGAAAAGUUUACGCGCAAAAUUCGCAACCAUGCUGCAACGGUAAUACAGGCGACCUGGCGCGGCUAUACCGUGCGCAAGUGGUACAGUAAGCUGAAAACGGGUGUGCUGAUCAUACAGGCACGCAUCCGUGGCAAUCAAGCCCGGUCAAGGUUUAAAGAGCUAGUAAGCAAAAAGCUGCAACGAGAUCGGGCGAAGUUACGCUCGACCCAGAGUUUGCCGGUUGAGCAAGCGAUGGCUACCGCCGGUGGGUCAACGUAUCCGGAAGUUGUGCACGCGAUCGAACAUCGGAAGAAGCCAAUACCGGCGGUGGGACGUAGCUUCGAGACGGCCAUUGACAUUGUGAACAAAAAUCGGGCACUGUUCGCCGACGACAGCAUGUCCGCCGAUUUUAUCGAUGACGAUGAGGACGAGGAUGAGGAGGAAGAGGAGGAGGACGAGGAAGCGGAAGUUACGGGCAGUAGUAGCCGGCAGGCGACAGUCGUUACUGCCGCCGAAGAGGAGGAGGAGGAGGAUGAGGACGAGGACGAUGAGGAAGGUUACGAGGAUCUGGGUUUGGUGGACGAUCCACACUACAUGGCCAACAACCGGUCGGGAUUGUUGCUGCAACCGGUUAAGCCAUCGUCAUCACAAUCGCCAACGGUGAACAGCGCACUAUUAGAUAGGAAUGAAAAGUACAUUAAAAGUCUGGUCAUAUCUGGUCUGGGUGACGGUACAGCAGCGCCAUCUGGCGUAAACAGUCCGUAUCAAAAAACUCCACUACAGCGUCAGGAAGAUGUGCUGGAUCGGCCCCAGCAACGGGUGUACGAUAUUGAGCGGGCAAGCAAAAGCACGUUCGACGAUACUGAGCUGGCAAAGUAUCGGUACGAGCGGGGUGGAAGUGCUCUUAGCAGCAGCAGUAGCACAGUCAAGCUGCCGGUGCGACGUGUCGAUUCGGGUCCAUCGUCGGUGGCCAGCGGAUCGACCACCGUUGGUCGGCCGGGUGUGCAGCGGUUUCGGUACGGUGAUACGACGUCGUACGGUGGCGGCAGUGGCAUGAUUCGGAAUCAGAACCACAGCAAUAAUAGUUAUAGUAAUAGUAAUGUUGAAAUCGUGUUUGUAAAUACCGGACUAGAUAGUGGUGGUGCUAGUGCCGGCGGAUCUUCACUUUCGUCAUCAACUGCAAGGAAUCUCAAUCGGAACAGCAUCAGCAGUAGUUCGCUGACUCAAACGCAGGUCGUACCAGCGUCCCUGUCGGCCAGUAUGCGGCGAGAUUCGCUUCCAGUAAGCAGUCACCUCAGUACACGCACACAAGGAGACGAAAUCAAUUCUAACUAUCACAUGCACCAACAGCAACAGCAGUCUUCGUUGUCGCCAUCCUCACCCAAUGUGACGCACCAUCAUCCGCAGCAGCAGCACGGCCAAUCGGUGUCAACAUCCUCCUCCUCGAUGACCCAUUCGCCCCACUCACUGCCGUUGGCGGCAAGUUCGGGACACAUCGGAAACUAUCAAAAUUUACAGUUUCCUCCAACGUCCAACUAUCAUCAGCAGCAGCAUCAUCAGCAUCACCACCAUCAUCAACAGUCGGUGUACAAUAAUAACGCCACACCUCAGCCCGUAAAAAUGUCCACAUCGACGCCUUACAGUGCCGCCGGAGCGUCGGCUGCAUCGGUCGCCACUGGCAACAGUCACCAGCGCGCAUCGGCAGCCUAUCCGGAUGAUUUCGCACAAAACUACUACACGACGACGACGACAAACACCGCAACACCGAAGGGCAAAGCGGCCGCACUGCUCGGAACGGCCAAAUCGGAAGACAGUGCUAUGUCGAAUUCGGGUGGCAAGUAUUCGAUGGGGGGCACCACACUGGCCAAAGCAGACAGUAGCGAUAUGGUGCUGUCGGCUGGUGGCAACAAAUCAGCCAACGCUGGCAACCGGCGUAUGAAGACGACGAAUCUCAGUGAGGAGCAGCAGCAGCAGCAACAACAGCAUCUGGUCGGUACUAGUUCCACCGUCAGUUAUCAUCCCGGAACGGGUCUAACGCGUCGCGGACCGGUCGGUUCCAGCAAUCCCAGUGCCAGUGGUAAUAGUGCCAGCAGCACCACCGGUGGAGUAGAUACGCUCAAACGUCGCAACUCCGAUCCGACCAACAAGAUCCCACUGCUGGAGGUGAACCGUGGUAACGAUAUGUAUCAGUCAAGCACACGCAUCAACAUCGCUGGGCACCAGUUUCGGAAGGUGCAGCGUAUCAACAAGGCGGAACGGUGCGCUUGCUGUCAGGAGAUUGAUUCGUUCGUGAAUGAAGGCUACCGAUGCCUGGACUGUAAGGUGCUGGUCCACACCAAAUGCAUCCAAAAUGGAGGCAUCAAAUCGUUACAGUGUGCGGCAGCGAAACGUUCCAAGCGAAUCCGCACCGGUGGUGGUGCUGGUGGCAGUGGACUCGGCAGUUCCUCCAAGCACGACAAACACCAUCCGAUAGCGGGCGGUAGCGGACAGAAGAUUUCGUCCACGCGCGAGUACACCGACUCGACCGAUAAGAUUAUAAGCGAUGCCAAAGAGCUGCAGCUGAUGCAGGACUUUAUCACGCAGAAGAUCUGCAAGAUGGAGAACGACUGCGAGAAACCGUCCGAGGUGGACCGGGUGUUUAAGCAGGCGUUGCGCGAAUUUAAGGACAAUCUGGUAGCGCAGUACAGUGUGGCGCACCGGCAAAAUUCGGACGUGCUGAAUAUCAAGUAUCGCGAUUUGAUUGCCAACUUUGAGCAGGUGAUCGAAACGACUUCCGGGAGGAAGAACGAUUUUCCGCUUACGAUGGGCGUGAACGCGUUUCGGGGCUUUAUGAACGAGUUUAUGAACUCGCGCGAAACGGAAAAACCGAAAACGAAGCGAAAGAAGGACAAGAAGCGAAAGCACGACGAUCAUACCACGUUCAAUGGACAUACAUUCCAGUUAACGAUACUCAACAUUGCAACCGCAUGCGAAAUAUGCCAACAGUUUCUCCUAUGGCCGAUUGAACGUGGACUGGUGUGCCAAAACUGUAAACUAACCUGCCACAAAAAGUGCUACCAAAAGUCGGCCUCGUGCAACAAAAUCUCCAAUUCCGAUCCAAAUUCACUGUUGGGCGCAGGCGGUAGCGGUUCCGCUGUUGUGGCCGGAGGCUGCGGUCCAGACGGUCAACCCCUGUACGGUGGUGGCAUACCAACGAAACUGUUCGGCGUCCCACUAACCGCACUCUGCGGUAGCAAUAGCGAUGGCGUGAAAAUACCGGCCCAAAUUACGAAGCUUAUCAUGAUGAUCGAAAUGCAUGGCCUGUACUCGGAGGGUAUCUAUAGGAAGAGUGGUGUUAGUUCGAAAAUUAAAGACCUAAAGGCCAAGAUGGAUCGAGCGGUCACGAGCGCGGACGGAGGUGGUGGAGAGAUGGACUUUGAGUCGUACAAUGUGCACGUGCUGACGAACGUGCUAAAAUCGUUCCUGCGCGAAAUGCCCGAACCGCUGCUGACGUUCGAUCGAUAUGAUGACUUUCUGCGUGCAGCCGAUCUGUCGGACAGUAGCGAUCGUGUGCAGACACUGUUAUCGCUUGUGAAAAAGAUCCCACCGGCACAUCACUGUUUGUUCGAGCGAUUAAUCUUUCACCUGGCGCUGGUAGCGAAACUGGAGCAGUACAAUCGUAUGUCUGCCAGCUCGUUGGCGAUCGUGUUUGCACCGUGCGUGUUGCGGACGAAUCGCUACGUACCGGCACAGGACAGUUUGAACGAUAUCGGACGGCAGACGAAGUGCAUGGAAACGCUCAUCACACAGAAGAUGCUGAACGUGAAGAGCACGCUGGCGGACAUUGAUACACUCGAUACGGCAGCACACACAGCUACGGCACGGCUUAGUACGUUGCGAAGCAGUAAAGUGUUUACGCAGGAAGAGAUGGCCAAUGCACGGGGUGGUGGUAGUGGUGGCAGUGGGCUUGCAUCGGGCGGGCUGCUCGAAACGGAAACGGAGGAAAUGUUGCUAGAGGGCCAUAUACAGGAGAUCCGGAAGGAGAAAGCAUUACUCACGUCGACACUGCCGAGUUUGGCGCGGGCAAGCUCGGACGAUGAUCUGCUGUCAACCGAUCUGGACGGCGAGGGUGGCAGUUUGGACGAUUUAAGUAACAGCAAGGAGAAAGACCUCGAUGUAAGCAGCGGUGGUGGUGGAGGUGGAGUAGGAGGAGGAGGAGGGGGAGGCGGUGGUGGUGGCGGCGGCAACAUGAUCAGUGACAGUGGUAUCUCGAUCCGCUACCAGGCACCCUCCGAUCACGGCGGUAGUAGUAAUGUUAGUCUUAAUAAUGACGUCCCGAUGGCUGUGAGUUAUUCGUUACGUGAUCAGAGUGGAGCGGGUGGUUCAGCGGGUGGUGGUGAGUAUUUCCACAAGAUUGGCCAGUCGUCCGGAGCGAGUCCGGCAGCUGCAUCGGGUGUAAAAACGAAAUCGCUCUCUCACCAAACACUGCUCGAACGGGAAGCGUUCCUUCGUGGUAGUGGUUCAGCCACGUCCGCCUCCUCACCUCAGUCCCCUACGGCCGCUACAAGCGCGACUGCCUCCUCCACACCAUCGUCGUCCGCAUCAGCCCCCUCGAUGAUAAAGUCCCAACAGAAUGGUAACGGAACAGUCGGUGGUGGUAGUGGUGGAGAUCGUGUUGCAGGACCUUUGGGCAGUGGAUCGGGAUCGGCUACCAGUGGGGGAACAAUGACAGCAAACAGUGGUGCAGCUGGUGGAAAGCGUGCGGACAUUAACCUAAGCCACUCGAUGAUAACACUCUCGACAACGUCACACAGUCUCGGUGGCAGUACGACCAGCAGCAGCAGUAGCAGCGGUGUCGGUGGCAGUUCUGGCGGUAGUACGGGCAGUGGGAGUGAUUUACAGCGACAAAAGCCAAUCAUCAUCCGGAGCGUGUCCGGUGGGUACGAGGUGGGACACCAUCAUCAUCAUGCAUCCAGCGGUGGAGGACCAUCGACAACGAACCACCGGAUACUGAUACAGGGCUCACCGAUUACGACCACCAACACCACCUCCCCGUCCGGCGCUACUUCUUCCACGUCCGCAUCCAGCUCUUCCAUCAACUCGGCGAAUCUGCACGCGAAAGACAAUAAUGGGAUGGGAAAGGAGGGUGGUGGUGGGACGGCCAGCGCGAAAUUGGUUUCGCGACGGAUGUCCGCAAGCACCAGCAAACGAUCUGGGGGUGGCGGUUCGGCCGGCAGCAGUGGAGGAGCUGGCGGACCGGGACCACCUGCCGGUGACGAUGAACCGAUUAUGGUUUGA